CUCCGUGAAGACAGCUGCGUAGACUGAGAGUGGCCCAGAAGGAAAGCAGAGGAAUAGAAAAAGGAGCCCCCCCUGGCCAGGCAGCGGCACCCCAAGCCACCCACCAUGGCGCUGGGCUUGGAGCAGGCGGAGGAGCAGCGGCUGUACCAGCAGACGCUCCUGCAGGACGGGCUUAAGGACAUGCUGGACCACGGCAAGUUCCUCGACUGUGUGGUGCGGGUAGGGGAGCGCGAGUUCCCGUGCCACCGCCUGGUGCUGGCCGCCUGCAGCCCCUACUUCCGGGCGCGCUUCCUGGCCGAGCCUGAGCAGGCUGGCGAGCUGCGCCUGGAGGAGGUGUCCCCGGACGUGGUGGCCCAGGUGUUGCACUACCUGUACACGUCGGAGAUCGCGCUGGACGAGGCGAGCGUGCAGGACUUGUUCGCAGCAGCGCACCGCUUCCAGAUCCCGUCCAUCUUCACCAUCUGCGUGUCUUUCCUACAGAAGCGCCUGUGCCUCGCCAACUGCCUGGCCGUCUUCCGCCUCGGCCUCCUCCUCGACUGCGCGCGCCUGGCCGUGGCCGCCCGCGACUUCAUCUGCGCGCGCUUCUCACUCGUGGCGCGCGACGCCGACUUCCUCGGGCUCUCGGCCGACGAGCUCAUCGCCAUCAUCUCCAGCGAUGGCCUCAACGUGGAGAAGGAGGAGGCGGUGUUCGAGGCGGUGAUGCGGUGGGCGGGCAGCGGCGACGCCAAGGCGCAGGCAGAGCGCCAGCGUGCGCUGCCCACCGUCUUCGAGAGCAUACGCUGCCGCCUGCUGCCGCGCGCCUUCCUGGAGAGCCGCGUGGAGAACCACCCUCUUGUGCGUGCCCAGCCCGAGUUGCUGCGCAAGGUGCAGAUGGUGAAGGACGCACACGAGGGCCGCCUCACUGUGCUGCGCAAGAAGAAGAAGGACAAGGGGAAGGAGGCAGCCGGGUCCAAGGCUGCUGACAAGGGCACAGGCGAAGCCAAGGCACAGGAGGAGCAGGUGGAGGAGGACGAACGUAUCAUACCCGGGAUCCUCAAUGACACUCUGCGCUUUGGCAUGUUCCUGCAGGACCUCAUCUUCAUGAUCAGCGAGGAGGGAGCUGUGGCCUAUGAUCCAGCAGCCAACGAGUGUUACUGUGCUUCCCUCUCCACCCAGAUCCCUAAGAACCAUGUCAGCCUCGUGACCAAGGAGAACCAGGUCUUUGUGGCCGGGGGCCUCUUCUACAACGAGGACAACAAAGAGGACCCCAUGAGUGCUUACUUCUUGCAGUUUGACCACCUGGAUUCCGAGUGGCUGGGAAUGCCACCGCUGCCCUCGCCGCGCUGCCUCUUCGGCCUGGGAGAGGCUCUCAACUCCAUCUACGUGGUCGGCGGCCGGGAGCUCAAGGACGGCGAGCGCAGCCUAGACUCGGUCAUGUGCUACGACCGGCUGUCGUUCAAAUGGGGCGAAUCGGACCCGCUGCCCUACGCUGUGUACGGCCACGCGGUGCUCUCCCAUAUGGACCUGGUCUACGUCAUUGGCGGCAAGGGCAGUGACAGGAAGUGCCUGAAGAAGAUGUGUGUCUAUGACCCUAAGAAGUUCGAGUGGAAGGAGCUGGCACCCAUGCAGACUGCCCGCUCCCUCUUCGGGGCCACCGUCCACGACGGCCGCAUUUUUGUAGCCGCUGGGGUCACAGACACGGGGCUGACCAGUUCAGCGGAAGUAUACAGCAUCGCGGACAACAAGUGGGCACCCUUUGAAGCCUUCCCACAGGAACGCAGCUCACUCAGCCUGGUCAGCCUGGCGGGCACCCUUUAUGCCAUCGGUGGCUUUGCCACACUGGAGACCGAGUCUGGAGAGCUGGUCCCUACAGAGCUCAAUGACAUCUGGAGAUAUAAUGAGGAUGAGAAGAAGUGGGAGGGCGUCCUGCGGGAGAUUGCCUACGCAGCCGGUGCCACCUUCCUACCUGUGCGGCUCAACGUGCUGCGCCUGACCAAGAUGUGACCAGCCCGGAGGGCCUGAACUUAGCAUCCCUCCUGUCCUGUGGCCACACAGGCCCGCCAUGUGGGGACUCCCGAGAGGAGGCUGGGAGAGGCCAGAACCCACCUGGAUCCCGUUGUGCCGCCCGGGCUGCUGCUUUGGCAGGGAGGGAAAUUGCUGCCCAGUCCUAGCCUUUCCGGGCAGGGACGAGGAACUUAAGGGCUCAUAGGCAUCUCCGUAUCCUUGAUGUCCUUGUUCCAUGAGCCAGAACCACAGAGAGGUGUCCCAGGCUGCAUUCUGGCCCAGUCCCAGCUCGCGUGUGUGUGCGUGGGGAAAUUUCCCCACGGGAAGCCAUCUCCUUACCCGUCAGAUGGGGAGUGUCCCCCUCAAGCACACCCUGCGGCCUGGAUAAGUCACCUUCCUUAAGAAGAAUAAAGUGCCUUCUGAGCAAGUAGCUCAGGGUCUGGAAUCAGGUACUCCAAGAGUCAGUGACCGAGUGGUUGAAGAUUCUGGGCUUCAACGUUCAGCUGCUGGACUGGCCAGGUCAGCAGCCUCUGCACCCCACACAGGUAUCUCCUCCGCAGUCUGUGUGUACCAAGAGCCUGCCCCCCACUCCCUGGGGCCCAGAACCUCCACCCCCUCAUCCAGCAUGGACAAGGAGCCAGGAGACCUCUGGGGGAAGGGACAGGGAACAGCCAAACUGUGGUAGAAAAGUCUUUUAUUCUAUCAGUCAGGCCCCAUCUGGCCUGGUCUGGGCCCGGGCCUGGGAACAGCUGAGCAGAACCCAUCCCUCUCCCCUCUUCCUCCUCCCACCUACUCGGGCUUCUCUUUGUCCUGCUUCUGCUCCUCCUCUAGUGCGAGGGUUCGCUCUCGCUCCUUCACCAGCUGGACACCACAGUAGGUGACAAACAGGAUGGCCAGAGUGGUCUGGGGGAACCCUGUGCGGGAAAGAGGUCAUCAAUGCGCAGGAGCAGGACCCCAUCCUCAGUGACUCUUCUCAUGCCUGUCCCCACUUGACUAGCCCUCCCUCUGAGUCCCCAGGGUGUUGGGUUGGGGUGGGGGCAUUUCAGAAGGGCCAGAAGGUCACAGUCCUCAAGGUUGAUGCCUGGCAUUUUUUAUAGCCACACCCCCCUUUCCCUCACCUGUGAGUAGCAGGCGCCUGGCAACCAGCUCUGUGAACUCCAGGCUGUUCAGGCUUACAAGGUUGUACAUGAUGAUGGCCCAGAAGUUCAUGGCCCCAAAGAGGGCCCGGACCCUGCGAGACAUCUGCUCCGACAGAGAGGCCUGCCCAGUCCAGGAGAGCAUUGGCAGUGGGGCAAGAGGGCCAGAGGAAAGAGGACAUGGUUGGCCACAGGUCUUGCCCACAUGGCCAUCCCAGGUCCUGGGGAUGGGCUUGGGUCUCUGAGAGCCCCCAGGUCAGCUCUCUCUCUCUCUUU